UCUAAACAUUCUUAACUUAAAUGGAAAUUUUAUUAUGGCAGGUGAUGCACUAGGGCAACCCCGUUGUAGCGACAUAACACUAAAAAUGUUAAUAAAACUUUGUAUAUUUGCUUUUAAUAUAGGAAAUCGAUAUGUUUAAAUUAUCUCUAUAAUUAGGGUAUCUAUUUGUCUCAACGCAAAUAUACUUUGGAUAUUAUUGACGAAUGUGGAUUGUUAGCCUCUCGGCCAUUUGCGACUCCAAUGGAAGAGAAUCAUCGGUUGCAAGUCAUUGAAGAAGGUUCUUAUGCUGAUCCAGGGCGAUAUCAUCGUCUUGUCGGACGCUUAGUGUAUCUCACGGUUACACGUCCUGAUCUUACUUAUGUUAUUCAUAUUUUUGCACAGUUUCUCAAGUAACCGCAGGUCAAACAUUGGGAAGCAGCACUUUGGGUGGUUUAUUAUCUUAAAGGCUGUCCUGGACAAGGGAUUUUGUUGACUGCUAAUACUGAUCUUACACUCUCUGCCUAUUGUGAUGCUGACUACCAGACUCUUCCUCUUACCCAUCGCUCGUUGUCUAGCUAUGUUAUACUUCUAGGUGGGUCUCCUACUGCGUGGAAAACAAAGAAGCAGAAGACGGUUUCAAUCUCUUUUGCUGAAGCGGAGUAUCGGGCGAUGCGUUACACGACGGGUGAAUUAAAGUGGGAACGUGAACUUCUAUCCUGCUUUGGGGUUCGGCAUGAUACUCCUAUAUCACUUUUCUGUGAUAAUCAAGCUGCUCUACAUAUUGCCGCAAACCCUGUUUUCCAUGAGCGUACUAAGCAUAUUGAAGCUGAUUGUCAUUUUGUAUGUGAUGCACUCAAGGUUGGGCUUAUUGCGACCUUCAAGAUACACACUUCCAACCAGUUUGCUGAUAUUUUCACUAAGUCUCUUGGCGGUCCGCAAUUUUCUUAUCUUCUACGCAAGUUGGGCAUUCGGGAUCUUCAUGCGCCAACUUGAGGGGGAGUAUUAGGGACUAUUGUAUAAAUAUCUAUAAAUAUCUACACUUAUGUUAUAUUUUCUAUUGUAAAGAGUCUUGGUACUCAAGUCUAGAAUAUUCUCUUAGGGUUCUUGUGAUUGUAUAUAUAUUCUUGUAAAGCUUAAUGAGAGGAACAACUUUGACGCCUACCACUUUGUUAGUUUUACAACUCGAAAUCUAUGUGAAUAUCUUUGAUGCUCUUCAUCUAUUCUAUUAGGAUGGAGGAAUUGAGCCAAAUCUUGAAGAACAAUAGGAUGGAUGAUCUCACUUGGUUUUGUUCUCUCUCAGAAUCUGAACUGGAUUUGCUCAUCAGCUUAAAGAAGCUAGCCAUUCAACGCGCCAUAAUAAGUGGUCACCAAGAACUAGCUGACAAAUUUGAUCUUAAGUUGCUCCGAGCUCUAGGGCUUGUGCUAAUGGAGUAUGUAAGAAAAAAGAUAGAGGGUGAUACUUGUCUUGCCCCAAGUGUUGUUCAUCAACUCAGCCUUUUGGAUAGUUGUAACUUGGUGGAAACGCAUGUAGAUGGUACUAUAGACACUGAGGAGAUUCUGUGUGAAAUCUGCAACAAGAAUUUAAAAAAGAAAUCACGGAAAAGGAGGCGGUCCAAGUGAACCCGGCAUCUCAUGUCCACUGUUUUGCUCGGUUCUGGUCGUGUGUCGCUCAGACUAGCUCGGAACAGAGAUUUAGUUUCUUUAAUUUUUAUAAGAUGAUCUUCCCGAAUCCCGAUUAUACCAUGCAGUGUAACGUAUCGUUUUAUAUAACAUCUCAUUGUUUCUUCUGCCUCUUUGUCUUUUGUCCAUCGCCAGAUAUGCUUGUGCUUGACAUAUCGAUUACGUAGAUCUUUGGUAUGAGAAUUUAAUUUGCCGGAAAUCUUGGUUCAAAUUGGUACGACAUAAUUGAUCUUGGUACAGCAGUGUCUGGUUAGGCAGGAAAUAGAGAAAAAUGCUAUUCUCAAUUGUUGUUAAGAAAACAGAUCAUAUAGUAUUAUCUAAACUGCUCCACGAUCAUAUGUUUUGCCUCAGUUGUUGAGGGAAAGAUAUGUAGUGAUAGUCUAAGAUCAUGCAUGCAUAUACCAAAACAUAUGCUAUGUAGCCUAUGUUUGCCUAGAGUAGUAUUUACUGUCAAUUUAAGACAAAUUGUAAAAGUCAUGGAAUGUGUAAAAGAAGAAGAAUAAAUAAUCUACUUGCACCAAAUGUAUUUUCUUCAUAAAGUGGGUACUUUCCUCAAAUUUUUAUUUUAUUUUAAGCUCAUAGGCUAGAGAAGCAAGA